AGAUAAGAAACCGACUUUUUCAUCGUCAAAAUCACCUUUAAGACUUUUCAGUCUACCUUACUUACUUCAUUAAAAUCUCCAUUUUUUCUACAUUCUCUCUCCUCGAAGAAACACAAGAAAAAGCUUCAUCUUCAUUCAUCAAUGGCUUCCAUAAAACCCUACAUCAUCAUUUUCUCUCUCUUCAUCAUCUUCUCUCUCUCCAACUCUGAAUCUCCAGAAUCCGUCUUCGACAUCCUCCCUAAAUACGGCCUUCCUAGUGGCCUCUUACCUAACUGCGUCAAGAACUACUCUCUCUCUCCUGAUGAUGGCCGAUUCAUCGUUGAUCUCGAGAAUUCUUGCUAUGUUCACUUCGAUUACUUGACUUACUACGAAAAACGUAUCACUGGAACCCUAAAAAUCGGGUCAAUUACUGAUUUGAAAGGAAUUCAAGUCAAGCGAUUCUUCAUUUGGCUUAAUGUUGAUGAAAUUAAGGUCGAUUUACCUCCUUCAGAUUCUAUUUACUUUCAGGUUGGAAUUAUUAACAAGAAGCUUAGUGUUGAUCAGUUUCAAACUGUUCAUUCUUGCGGUUCUGGUACUUCUGCUUCUCGUGGAGAGUUUCGUUCUUGGAAUCGUUUCUUCGAGCUUCCACCUCCUACUGGUACAGAAAUCCAAAUGCUUCUGACAGAAUAGAAGACAUGCAUCACUUAGUAGUGAUGAGUGAAGCGUAGAGGUUAUUUCUCUAUUCCCCAUAGUCUUAUAGCAGAUGCUGAGAUGGCCUUGCCGUAAAAUGGAUGUUUGGUCUCCAGACUGCUUAAGAUAAGUAUAAUAUGUACAUAACCUCGUGCUUCGAGGGCUUGCAUACUUGCGAGUAGUGUAGAACUCUUCUCCGAUACAAAACCGGAGAUAAUGUAAUAGUAAUAUCCACGGAUAUGUAUGUAGAACAAUUUGUGAUGGAUCUUUUAUCUAUCCAGGAACCUACUCAUGUUUUUUUA